AACCUUUUAUAUGAGCCAGAGGGCUGAUACGGUCAGUCAGUCACUGUGAGGCCGACUGACGUUUCUUUCACUUCCUUUCUCGGUUAUUUCUGGAUGUCUGUGUUUUGUAUGCAGAACAAUUAACUUCAUGAUGCUGCCCUGCUAAGAGGAAAUACCGGCCCAGUGAGAAGAAGCAGCGUUUUCUAGCUGCCGCCGAGCAGAGCUGGAACCAGCAUGGAGUUGAUACCUAGUAGCUGAAUCUGCUGGUAGAAACAGGCAGCUUUCCUCUAUGGCCAGUCAGGGAAGAAACAACCGAAUCCUGCUGGAUCUGGUGCAGCAGGCGGGAAACGACCUGUGUGCUGACUGUGCUGCUCCUGAGCCUGACUGGGCCUCGUACACGCUCGGCGUGUUUGUGUGCCUGAACUGUUCUGGGAUGCACCGUAACCUGCCCUCAGUCAGCAGAGUGAAAUCCAUACGCCUGGAUUACUGGGAAGACUCUUUAGUUCAGUUCAUGCAACAGAUGGGAAAUACUGCUGCCAAAGCUGUUUUUGAGAAGUGUGUCCCGUCCUUCUAUUACAGGCCGCGGCAUCACGACUGCAUUGUUCUGAAGGACCAAUGGAUCCGUGCAAAGUAUGAAAGAAGGGAGUUCACUGGAGAAAGAAACGACUUUCUGCAAACUUACAAUCAAGAUCUGUUUGAAUCCACACUCUGGAAGAAGGGCAAAGACAACAAGCAGUAUCUGAAGAGAACCUUCCAGCUGUCUCAGAGGGAUUUCACCCUCAGAUACUUUACAAAGGAGGAUGUGAGUUCCCUUAAGAGA